CAAGCCCCCUUCAGCUAGAACCAAAUCUCCGAUAAAGUAAUGGCAAAACCACUUGGACUAUAAAACACUACAAAUCAUAGUCCUCGGAGCAUACCGUUGUCCAUCCAAUGAGUUCCUAUUUUGUCAACUCAACGUUUCCUGUUUCUCUGCCUGGAGGACAGGAGUCUCUCCUGGGUCAGAUACCAUUAUAUUCCUCCGGAAAUACUGACCCGUUAAAACACUUUUCUAACGCUACAUAUGGAGCUGCCAAUAUGCAAGAGAAAGCUUACCCAACCUCAUAUUACCAGCAAACCUCUAGUGUCUACGGUCGCCCCAGCUCCAGCGCUCCCUGCGACUACACAGCUGGAACUUUUUACAAGGACAGUGACGGUUCGUGCGCUUUCGCAAGUCGAGAGGAGCAACCGCUCUUAGUAACUCAGGAUCAGCGCAAAUCAGAGUGCCUCGAGCAGAAUGUAAACAUAACCACUGCUGUGGACAACGAGUCUUCUUCUCUGCUGUAUCCGUGGAUGCAAAGAAUGAAUUCUUGCACCGCCGGGACCUUUGGCAGCAGUGGGCGCAGGGGCCGUCAGACCUAUACUCGAUACCAGACUCUUGAGCUCGAGAAAGAAUUUCAUUUCAAUAGGUAUUUGACCAGGCGUCGUCGAAUUGAGAUUUCGCAUGCUCUGUGUCUCACUGAACGUCAGAUAAAGAUUUGGUUCCAGAAUCGCAGAAUGAAGUGGAAAAAGGAGAACAAAGUUAUGAAUCCUUCGAAACCCAGCGACGAAGAAGAGGAAAAGAAGCCAGAUUAAAAGACACUGAAUAAAUAAGCUACACAAGCCAUAACUGUUGUAACAUGAAUUGAGAGAAGUUGAAUUAUUGUUGUUGUUUUUCAGAAAAUAGCUGCAUAGGCCUACACAUUUUUGUGAAAUAUGUCAAUAGGCCUAGACUAAUAUAUUUGCACGAUUAAAUAACGUAUAUAGGUUAGAAACAGGUUAAAAACAACUGUAGGCUAGCCUAUUCUUAUUUGAUGGUGUUGUGUUUUUAGUUUUGUGAAUAUUGUUGCUUGACAGUGAAAUAAAUACACUCGCACAUAAUUGUAGGGGCACAAUUUCUUGCAGGGGCGUUGAUGUGCAACAACAGGCCUAGUCAAAAUGACAUGAUAAUUAAAUAGUUUGCUUAAAAAAAUGCCCCUAAUAUCGAUACAAGAGAGAGGCUUUGUUAUAGCCUAUGUGUUGUAUAUUGUUAGUUUUUGGCUUUUACAUCGCUUUGUCCUAUUCAACUGAAUAAUGUUUUGACAAGUUAUUUAUUGUGCACUUGCACACCUGGAUGUCAUGUGCAGUGUAAUACAUGUUUUGUCAUCUUUUAUAAAUACAAAUAAAGCAUUGUUUAUUUGUGUAAAUAUUUCAUAGAAAGUUUGCUUGUUUUAUUGA